CAUCUCUGCGCUGAUUCGCCGGUCAGUCACUGUGACACCUUGGAGCAAAUGGCGGCCCUGAGAUACCGACGUUUUCUAAAACUAUGCGAAGAGUGGCCAGUGGACGAGAGCAGACGGGGUCGGGACUUUGGUGCGUUCCUCAGAGAGCGGGUGGCUCACGCCUUUAGGGAAGGAGACAUCACCCAGGUUCAGGAUCCAGAAGCAUGUGACCAAAUGUAUGAUAGCCUGAGUAGGAUGAACAGCAACUAUUACAGAGAAAAGUAUCCACGACUUCGAGAUACAAGCUUUACCGAGAUCACUGCAGAUGAGUAUCGUAUGGUGCUAGCAACUGACAAUCUGAAACAGAUGGAUGAGAUGAAAAGAGGAAUGUGGGAGCGACUCAAAGACAAGUUUAAUGCUAAGUCCCCACAGGACGAAGCAAAGGAAUAACCCUUAUUGUUAACAAAAGAAUACCCGUGUACUCCCUUCCUGUACCAACCCAUCUGCUCUAUAUAUGGAAUCUCUGAAUAAACAGGCCUUUUCCUUUCCA